CCUGUGCCAAUUUUUGUCACGUUGUUGGUACCGGUACUGGUGACCGUGUGCUUUCCUUGUACCUGUGUGCUUCAUUGACAGACUAAGUGGCAGUUUUGGGGAGUGUGUUCCCGGAGUGUGUUAUUUAUACUAAGUACCCGAGUAUGGACCAGCAGGCAGGAGAGGGAGAGUUGAUGGGGUUCCUGAGGAACGUUUUCCCCUCUAUGGAUAAAGACAGUCUGCAACAGAUAACGACCACUCUUGUCGAUACACUCGGAUGCGACGAUGUUGAUGACUUGCGGCAUGCUACGGAGGCGGACCUGGAGUUCCUAAAGCCCCUGCGCAGAAGGAAAUUGUUGGCGGCUAUAUCUGAAAGGUUUGCUGCUUCCUCUAGUGCAGAAGCGUCCGUAUUUUUGGAAGUUUCCAAUGUGUCAUCCCCAACUUCGAUCCCAGAGACCGACCUAGAGGAUUCUAGUCGCUGCUCAACUCCACAGUUAGAACAAGAUUUCAUUGUGCCGUGGAAAAAGUUUCCAAGGAACGUGAUGAAAAAGUGUUCGAAAAACCAGCAUCUUACGGCCUCGGAGACACGGGAAGUGAAAAGAAUUGUCGGUGAUGAAAUGAGGGCCCUCGGAAUUACACACCGUGCUGCAAUUCGAAAAGCUGCAGUUUCAAUGUGCAACAAAUAUCCUCGUUCCUUUGAGGACCUCAGCAUCGAUGGUUCCAAGCUAGGUGAUGGAUUCCAGUCACUUUUCAGUGGUUUGGAGAACAGGGUGUAUAAUGAAAAUUACAAGGACAAUUUGAAACGAAAAUCCCAGGCUACAGCAUCCUGCUCUGACAGUUCCGAAUCUUUAGCGGACUUACCGGUAGAUCAGUAUGGAUGCAGGAAGGGGAUGUGGAUGCCUGAGUCCCCUUCUGAGGAGGAAGUCACUGCACAGGUUGAGAAGAAAGAUAAACUGAAGGAAAUGCGGGACAAUGACUAUGACUAUGAGGAAGUGAUCAAGCUUAUGUCAGAGACGUACUAUCUACAACGCAAAGACAUAUGCAGUGGAAUGGACAUUUCUGAACUUUGCAAAGAAUGGCCGUUCAUCUUGUCGUACAAGUGCCUUGUAAACCAUUUCCAGAACCUCACAGAUAUAAAUCCCCAAGCAACGAUGGAGGAGUCCCUACUUGCACGAAACAAAGGAAACCGCAUAUACGAGUUCAUCUUAUCACAUCCUCAGAAAAAGAAAUCUGGUCAGCUGAAUAAGUGGGUACAUCUCAUCAAGGAGGAAGUGAAGGUGACCAAAUCUACCGACCCUCAGAUCCCUGUUGAUGGCAGUAAGAAGAAAGUGGAGGAAGAUAAACUGAAGCCCAACUCGCCGUUCAUUGCAAUCAUCGGUUCAAGGGAGGACAUCUUCAUCGGAAGAAACCUGUUCUACCUCGUGAUUGAGGGAUCGGUCGUAAAUGAUCAAAUUGUCACUUUCCUGGAGGCAGUUAUAAGCCUCUUCUCUUGUUACUACACCUUGAACCUUGAGUACCCCGAAGAAGCAGCAGUUACGCUGGAGUUCAUCCAAAGGGAACUGAUCGGCAUCAAACCACAUCAAGUUCUAAACAAAGGAGGGAAAAAGAAGAAGAAAACAAGUGUUGCGCCAAAGAUUGUGACCCUUUUGCGAGGAAUAAUGGAUUUCGAAUCGGAUUGGCGUACAGAUGAAUAAAAGGCAAUCUUCCAGGCUAUGUACUUGUGUUAAAUGGAUGUUAUAGGAAUACUACGUGUAUGGUCAAAUAUUAUCUAGGGUUUAUCAGAUAGACCAUGCUGUUCAGAACACAUUGGUACUUGGAAGUUUGCUAAUCGGACCAGCAAAU